GGCGGAGAGGAAGGAAGCGUCCUGCAACUACCAAUAUUUUCCUCUAGGAGGAGCCGCGCAGCCCGGAGGAGGGUGACACGCACCAACUCCAACUCCGCGCCGGGAAACGCUUCCUCGCAGCUCCCCGGCAUGCGUGGCCCGGACGGCGCUCGGCGCCCUCGCAGCGAGCCCCGAGCCGGCCGCGCCGAACUCCCGCUUCGCGUCGCUCCCGCAGCCCGGGCCCCGGGGGCGGCGGGCCAGGCCCGGCGUGACCCCUGGUGAACCGCGGCCGCCGUUUCCCACCCCUCCCGUCCCGGCCUCCCUUCCCGUUUCACCCCGCCCCCUCCCUCUCCCCGAGCCUGACAGCCGGGGAGCUGCCAAGCUGGGCGCAGCCAUGGGAAGAGGAGGCGGUCUAGGGAGCGGCGGCCGUGGCGGCGGAGGCUGCUGCAGCGGCGGCGGCGGCUGCUGAGCCCGGGCGCGGCGGGGACCCCGGGGGCUGCGGCCGCGCGGGCCCGAGGCCCCCGCGCCCUCGGCCGCAGCGCAGAUGCGAACCCGCGCUCUCAAUCCGGAGGCGAGGCUGGAAGGUCCUCCAGGCAUGGGUCUCUGGAAGCUGCUGUUGACCUUGGCAGUGGCGGGCUCAAGCAAUGCUUUUCCUGGGAGUGAAGCCAUACCUGCUCUCCUUGACAGAGCGCCCCCGAGUCUGCACAGAGUGCAUCCGGGCCUCGGGACAAAUUCUUCUGGAAAGCCUCAACUCACCAAGUGCCGUUCACCUGAACUAGAGACUUUUUCAUGCCACUGGACAGAUGGGGGCCGUCGAGGCUUCGAGAGCCCAGGACUCACGCAGCUGUUCUACAUUAGAAGGAACACUCAAGAAUGGACUCAAGAAUGGACUCAGGAAUGGAAAGAAUGCCCCGAUUACGUCACCGCUGGAGCAAACAGCUGUUACUUUAACGCAUCCUAUACCUCCAUCUGGACGCCCUACUGCAUCAAGCUCACCAGCCUCGGGGGGACUCUGGAUCAGAAGUGCUUCUCUGUUGAGGAAAUAGUGCAACCAGAUCCACCCACUGGCCUCAACUGGACGCUGCUGAACAUCAGCCUAACGGGGAUUCACGCGGAUAUCCAAGUGAGAUGGGAACCGCCAUCCAAUGCCGACGUUCAGAAGGGAUGGAUAGUCCUGGAGUAUGAGCUGCAGUACAAGGAAAUAAAUGAGACCCAGUGGAAAACGAUGGACCCCGUGGCGUCGACCUCCGUGCCAGUGUACUCGCUGCGCCUGGACAAGGAGUACGAAGUGCGCGUGCGGUCGCGGCAGCGGAACUCCGACAAGUACGGCGAGUUCAGCGAGGUGCUCUGCGUCACGCUUCCUCAGACCAGCCCACUGCCGUGUGAGGAAGAUUUCCAGUUCCCAUGGUUCUUUCUCAUCUUCUUUGGAUUGUUCGGGCUGGCAGUGAUACUACUUUUAUUCCUGUUUUCUAAACAGCAAAGGAUUAAGAUGCUGAUUCUGCCUCCAGUUCCAGUUCCAAAGAUUAAAGGAAUUGAUCCAGGUCUCUUCAAGGACGGAAAACUAGAAGAGGUGAACACAAUCCUAGCCAUUCAUGACAACUAUAAACCCGAAUUCUACAAUGACGACUCUUGGGUUGAGUUCAUUGAGCUGGAUAUUGAUGACCUUGAUGAAAAGACGGAAGGGUCGGACACAGACAGACUUCUGAGCGAUGACCGUCGGAAGUCACUUCACAUCCUUGGGGCGAAGGAUGACGACUCUGGACGUACCAGCUGCUAUGACCCAGACAUCCUGGAGGCCGACUUUGACGCUGGUGACAUGGCUGACGGUCCCUCCGAGGUUGCUAAGCCGCAGAGGUUAAAAGGGGAAGCAGAUCUCUUGUGCCUUGACCUGAAGAAUCAAAACAACCCACCUUCCAGCGACGCUCCCCCUGCCACUCAGGAGCCCAGUGUCACCCCGGCCGAGGAAAACAAGUCCAGACCACUUCUUCUCGGCGACAACGCCCAGUCGACUCAUCCAACUGCCCACGCUCAGCUAAGCAACCCAAGCUCACUGGCCAACAUUGACUUCUACGCCCAGGUCAGCGACGUCACACCAGCAGGGAGUGUGGUCCUCUCCCCGGGCCAAAAGAAUAAGGCAGGGAUACCCCAGUGCGACAUGCAGCUGGAAGCGGCCUCGUUCUGCCAAGCCAACUUCAUCACGGACAAUGCCUACUUCUGCGAAGCAGAUGCCAAGAAGUGCGUGGCGGCGGCCCCGCCCGCGGAGGUCGGUGCACGCGCAGAGCCCAGCUUUAACCAGGAAGACAUUUACAUCACCACGGAAAGCCUUACCACUACUGCUGGCAGGUCUGGGGCCUCCGAGCGGGCCCCGAGCUCUGAGACGCCCGUCCCAGACUAUACCUCCAUUCACAUAGUCCAGUCUCCGCGGGGCCUCCUACUCAACGCCAUGGCCUUGCCCUUGCCCGACAAGGAGUUCCUCUCCUCUUGCGGCUAUGUGAGCACAGACCAACUGAACAAAAUCAUGCCGUAGCCUUUCUUUGGUUUCCCGCGAGCUACAUAUUUAAUGGCAAAAGGAGCGGGGCUGGGGCCUGAAUGCUUAAACCAAAACAAUGUUUUACCCUUUUGGGGAUGGGGGAGGGGAGGGGAGUGUGGAUUCUAAAUGCCUUUUCCUGAAAUGUUGAAACAUGAUGUUAAAAAAUAAUAAUGAGAACACUUAAUCAGAUAGAUAUUUCUGUUGUGAAUUGUAAAUAUUUUAAAGAAUUGUCUCAAAGAUUGUUUAGUGGCAGUGAUCGUCUCGUUAUCAUGGGUGUUCAUUUUGUGAUGCUAUGCAUUCAAUGGCUGUGUUUUUAAUGUAGAGUAAAUCAUGCUUUUUGAAAAAGCGAACAAUCAGGUGGCUUUUGCAUUUCGGGAAAAUCGAAUGCACAAUAUAGCACAGGCUAAUUUUUUUUUUUUAUGUGAUCAGGAGCUGAGAAUAUACGUAUGAAGACAAAAAAAAUAGUUUGGAUAUGUAAAAUUUAUUUUGGCAUAAAACUGAUGAAGAUAUUUUUAAUAUUCACACUUCAAGCAUGGCUGUUUUAUAUCACACAACCCACUGUGUGCCCAAGGGCGUGUGGACCCGUCUGGAGAACGUUAUGAGCAGCCGUCUGCCGCGGGCGGAGGGCUCUGGUCAGCGCACCUCAAGAAAACAAAUAGACAAGUUAGUUUUUUACAAAGCCCUUUUUAUACCCCCCCGAACUCCUUAAACACUUCUAAAAUGACUGUAGUCACCCAAAGGAUUGGAAUAGGCUCGUCUUAGCUGAAUUUUUUAAACCAGCCUUUGUUCAUUUAGGAAGCUUUCAAAAUGUUUGCACAGACCCACGUAUCAUGAACCAGAAAGGAAACACACAGCAGAACCCUUUCUUUCCCCCAAGUUCAAGGUUCGGGCCAGAGCAUCACGUCCUAAGAGAAGUGGCGGUCACAGCCGGUUCACGGUUUUCACGUUGGUGAGGGUGCUGCGGGAGAGCCAGCCAUGGCGCAGGGGCCGGUGCUCAGUGCGCACCCAGAGCCCCCGCCGCGGGAUCCGGGCAGAGGCAGCCGGGCGGGCAUUCUCCCGGGUUACCUAGGAAGGGAGCGAGGUACAGGAAGCACGGUGUAAGUCGAAGCAGGUCCUAAUGAAACUGAGCAGAUGAUGAUGGAGUCAAGAGUGCGAGAAACGGGUUUUGUUUCAGGGCGUAGGGCCAGACGCGUUCUCAGCAGGUACGGUGAUGAGACACAGGAGAGACGAGAUUCUAAACCCCGCCCCCCCCCCACCCCCCCCCCACCCCCCCGCAGAGAGCUCCAAGUUGACUCAAGCCAACAGCAGAAAACUCUCUUCCGCACCCAACCUUGUAUAGGAUUUAUUUCAAGUAGCGAAAGAAGAUAUUACAUCAUUUUUCGUUUCCCCCUCGAGUGCACUGGCCUCAAAGCAGGUACUCAGAAGAAAACCAAGGGGCCGGAGCCGUUUAUGAAUUGUCACUCGAUCCCUUAACAAUCUAAACAUCGUGCUUCAGUGCAUCAGGACAGCUCCCCAAGAGUUUUUAUCAAAAGGAGAAGAAUCUUAUCUCAGUGAAGAAGGCUUCUCAUUUUAAGUAUUUUUUUUAAGGUGAAUAAAACUUUCAAGUUAGCUUUAAGUUGAGUAGUAUUUGCCAUUUAGCAUAGGCCUUUUUAGGAAGUAAGCCUCAUGGUUGGUAAUUUUAAGUUCCCUCUUUCUCGCAAGGACCGGGGAAAAGCUUGAAUUUGGGUGUUGAAAGUGCAGCGUGUUCCUUUGUAAUAAUAGAUGUUCCAUAGACUUUCCGCUACUUUGCUGCUAUGGUUUUUCUCUCCGAGCUACAUAAUUUAGUUUCAUAUAAAAAUCCCAUCGCUGUAGAACCUAAUUCAACUGAAAACUGUGUGUUUGGGAAAACUAUCUUACUGUUUCACACUAGGCUGACAACGUCUCUCUCGCCAAAAAUAGCUAAAUACCUCAAUCAGUCUCAGAAUGUCAUUUUGGUACUUUGCUGGCCACACAAGCCAUUAUUCACUAGUAUGACUAGUUGUGUCCUGCAGUUUAUAUAUUUAACUUUCUUUAUGUCUGUGGAUUUUUUUUUCCUUCAAAGUUUAAUAAAUUUAUUUUCUUGGA